AUGCCAGACUGGCUCAGACUUAGCCAGUAUCAUAUCUCCAACAGUGGUCAGUACCAGCUGCUGCAGAGGAAGAAAUUGCAAGGAGAGAGCAAUCCUAAAAAUAUCAACGACACUAUCAAGGAAUUGUUUGAGAUCAUUCCCGGUGACGGGGAGCAGCUGCUGGAGAGAGACGCCUCCCAGUGCAGAAGGUGUGCCGUCGUGGGGAACUCCGGAAACCUUAGGCAAUCUCAAUACGGCCAAGAUAUCGAUGCCCACGACUUUGUGCUCAGAAUGAAUCGCGCUCCAACUGCCGGGUUUGAAUCGGACGUCGGAAGCAAAACCACUCACCACUUAGUUUACCCCGAGAGCUUCCGAGACCUGGCGGAAAAUGUCAGCAUGAUUGUGAUCCCCUUCAAAACGCUGGACCUGCGCUGGAUUGUCAGCGCGCUCACCACGGGCACCAUAAACUUCACAUAUGUUCCAGUUCCCCGUAAAAUCAAAGUAAAAAGAGACAAGAUCCUGGUCUAUCACCCAGUUUUUAUCAAAUAUGUUUAUGACCACUGGCUGCAGAAUCAUGGAAGAUACCCCUCGACAGGCAUUCUGUCAGUGAUAUUUGCACUCCACCUGUGUGAUGAGGUGGACGUGUACGGUUUUGGAGCAGACAGCAAUGGCAACUGGCAUCAUUACUGGGAAAACAAUGCUUCCGGGGGGGCUUUUCGGAAAACCAUGGUCCAUGAUGGGGAUUUCGAGUCCAAUAUCACUUUGACUCUUGCCUCUAUUGACAAAAUACGUUUUUUCAAGGGCAGAUGACCCUUACCAUAGGCAGGGAUUUGUGGCUGCAAUUUCCAGCAGGGGUCAGUUACUGAAGUGUUUGAAGUGGCUUAUCGAAGAUGAUCUUGGGAGCUGACUAUAUUUGAAUAUCAGACUCUGCAGCUGAGGAAGUGUGUCUCACUGCUGUGACGAUCAUUGAAUGAAAGUAGCAUGCAGUAUUGGUGCCAUACUGCACUUGAUUUCCUUAUUUGAGAAUAGAGACGUUGGGGACCUAAGGAUCAAUUAUGGGGAAUAAAUGAUGUGCGGAAUCACAGGGGAUGUAUGGAAUUAUGAAAUCUUGAAAUACUGGGAGAGAUGUGCCUCUUGCUCUUAGGGUAAACUAGGGGAUCAUUUUCUAGGAAUUACUGUAUGUGUGUGUGCUUUCCUUGCAUAAGGCAGGAAUGCCCUGAAGAGGAGAGGUGAAAACAGCUUCCUGAAUGUCCCACCAACAUGGCUGGCUAUGAACACUGUAGUAAGGAUUACCUCAAAAGAACACGUUCACUUAUUCUGUUGUUGAUCUUUUCUUUAAACCAUCUCUUCUCUUCACUGUGUCAUUUCUGGUUCUGCAUUGUAUUAUGGACAAAGGUGAUGUACCUGACUUGCAAGGAGUAAUGGCUACCUUUGGCAAUGUAUCAAUCCACAUCGAGAAAUUCUGGCUCAAAUCCUUCAUCUCCAGUUAACUGCAUAUUUUAAUGUAGCAUCCUACACAGCCAUAAUGAGACGAAGAAAAUGAAAAUAAGAUUGUGAUUGAAAAUGCCAGCCAAAAUGGCCUUUUUAGCCACUGGUUUGUUUGGGUUUCUUUAAAUAUAAUUUUAUUUUAUUUUAUUUUUUGAUAGAUACUCUGAAUGCUAAUUUUUGUUGAAUCCAUUCAAGGUAGAGCAGUGGACAUUUUUUUUCUUUCAGUGCCUUUUAUAUUGGUGCAACAGAUGUAAUUUUUUUUUAAAGACGAAAAUCCUAAAUUAAACUUUUUAUAGGAAAAAAACAAUUAACCAAAGCUUAGUCUCUACACGGUAUCAUUUUGUAUUCUAAACUAAUAAUGACAUCGCCUGUGUUCUACUUGAGGAGGGUAGUUUUUAAAGGUAACUUUUACCUUUUUUUUUUUUUUUAAAGGAGAAAAAAAUCCAAAAGUUGAUAGGAAAUUUUUUAUUCUAUUUUUUACAACUUAGAAGGUGAUAUCUAUUUAAAUGUAUUUAAGUGAAAGUAUCGGCACAAGGAUGGGAGCUAUAGGAGUGAACAGAACUGCAUGGGCAUCUACCACGGCAUAUCCUCUAUGUAUUGAUUCUACAGUAUGAUCCAGACCUCGGAAAGAUUUGUGUCUUUAGACAAAUGUAUAUAUUCACAUUAUUACUUCUAUGCAGCAAGGGGUGAAUAAGAAAUGUUGUAUUGGAGACUUUGUCUACACAGAUUCUUCCUAAAAUCUAUUUGACCUUCAUUUCUGUUGUUCAUUGAUAUUUUAAACAUGUGUUAAAGUAUGAAAUCGGGAGGGGAGGGUGAUUUGAGGACGGUAGCACUUGCUUCAUAAUAUCAUGAAGAUGGGAUUCAAGGAAUCUAUGAACCAUAUCCAAUGCCCAGGGAAGCCAGUGCCAGUCUUUCCACUGAACUUUAGUGGGCUCUGGAGCAGAUUCUGAAAGAGCUGCAGGUUUGAUAUUUUUCUUAUUUUGUUGGUUUUUGUUUUGUUUUAGGGGUUUUGUUUGUUUGUUUGUUUUUGUGACUGGAAUCUGUGGUAAUUAAACACACACACAUACCAGCUAACUAAGAAAUAGCAUGUUCAUUCAUUAGCCAAUUUGGUGGCAGUGUCUGUUUUAGUUACUGCUAUGUCAGUACCAUAGGUGAAAGCCUGGCCCCCUGAAGUCAAUGGAGUUUUGCCAUUGACUUCAAUAAGGCCAGGAUUUCAGCCCCACAUUUUUUGCUGUGUCUGGUUUUUCUGAGUGUGUGUACAUUCAGAUUUACAAUGUGAUGGCAAGAUCAGUCCAAUUCUCUCUAUUUAUGACCUCCAUCCUCCAACCACUUGCCAAUGUGAGUAACUUUACACACACAAGUUGGCCCACUGGAUUCACAGAACAUGAAGGACAAGCUUCACACACGUCAUUUUCACAGUAGCUGCCAACCUUUUCCAUAAUAGGACACCCCCCCACACACACACACCCAUGACUCUCCAUCCGUUUACCCAUGACACCCUCCCUUUAGCAAUAGGGGAAGGUCAGAGUUCUCGAAACCUGACACCUGUUAGUAACCCCAAUAUUGAGAGCUGCUGUCCUAGAAAGAUGGGCAAAAGAGCCACUCUCAUGCAAGUUUCCAGGAUAAGGGCAUGAUUCUGCAGUUGUAACAAAAAUUAUCUUCUCUUCUAAAAUCACUUUGUAGAAGAAUGAACCAUAUCCACCUAAAUCAUAUUUUUGAUAUUACCACUUUUUAAUGAUUAUUAUAAUUCAGUGUUUCCCAGGCAGGUAACAAACGACCCUGUUUCCCUCAAAAUGGUUGAUUUUAAAAAAAUACUCUGAGAAUUUGAUUUAACAGCAGUGUAAUGUUUUCCGCCUGUGCUUUGGUGUUUGGGUUUUGCAGAAACUUGUACAACAUGAAUGCUGUUCUUGCAUUUCUUUUGUAAAUGAGAAAGUUUGCCGAUAAAUUCCCUGUAUAUUUAAGUCAUUUCUGGGGAAGACUUUCAAAGGUGCUCCUGGCAGUUCGGCACCGAACUGCCAUUGGCUUGUAAUAGAAGUUGGCAGUUUGGGGUCAAACUACAAUUGAAAAUCAAUGCGAUCUGGUUAUCUAACUUCCAGUUUGCUUUGAUCAUCCAACUGGUUUCUAAGUGAAGAGGCAGCAAAAGAGGCCACUGGAGAAUUCCAUUCCCACUGCCAGUAUUUUCAGCUGUCAUCCUGCUAGGAACUGAGAACUGUCUUUUUUUUUUUUUUUUUAAAGGCUAUAACAUUAAAUCUUGAACUGCAUUUGCUACCAAUGCACAAUCUCCAAAGCACUUCUUGAUUGCCUGGUUUGUUUUUAACCAAACUGAAUUUCUUGAGCACUUUUUUUUUUUUGGUCUCCAGAUGCUUCUUCCUAGUUCUCUUUCCUUGGAGCACAUUGAUUAUUCUCAUCAGUCUCUGUCAGAUUGAAGGGUCACGCAUACUUUGACAUUUUAUUUAUUGUUGAAUUUUUCAAUUCAGUAAGAAUCAAAAUAAAUUUUUUAU